CAUUUCAUUUGCGGCUCAGUGACAUUUAUAGCUCAACGAUUUUAGUUUCAAUUUUACUUUUGUUUUGUGCAGUUCGUUCUUUAUCAAGUAAACGCAUAAAUUACACAUCGGUGGCAUUAUUUACAACUUGUUAAUCCAGUAUUUUUUUGUAAGAUGAAGUUAUUCGCCUUACUUUCACUGGCACUGGGCCUGCUGGUUGCCCAAUCGAGCGCCGCUAAUCUCGUCUGCUACUAUGACUCGGCCAGCUAUAUACGCGAAGGUGCAGCCCAUUUUAGCACUGCUGAUUUGGAAAUUGCUUUGCAGUUUUGCACACACGUCAUCUACGGCUAUGUGGGCAUCAAGCCGGACACCUUCCAGCUGAUGAGCCUCAAUGAAAAUCUGGAUAUACAGCGGCGUCACUUCGCCACCAUCACAGCGCUCAAAGAUAAGUUCCCAUACGUGAAAUUUUUGCUGAGUGUUGGUGGCGAUCGCGACUCUGGCGAACAUGAGAAGUAUAUAAACCUGCUGGAGGCGGGCCGCCAAAAGCAAACAGCCUUCAUAGACUCGGCGCGCGACUUCUUGCGUAGCUACAACUUUGAUGGCUUGGAUUUGGCUUUCCAGCUGCCGCGCAACAAGCCGAGAAAGGUGCAUUCGGACGUCGGUUCGGCGUGGAAGAGUUUCAAGAAGUUCUUUACAGGCGACUUCAUCGUUGACGAGAAGGCAGAUGAUCACAAGGAAGAGUUGACAGACUUAAUUAAGGAUCUGAAGAAUACGCUGCGUGCGGAUAAUAUGUUGCUGUCAUUGACGGUGCUGCCAAAUGUCAACUCGAGUUGGUACUUCGACGCACCAGCGAUCGCCGACAGCUUGGACCUCAUCAAUUUGGCCACCUUCGAUUUCCUAACACCCGAACGCAAUCCGGAGGAAGCUGAUUACACCGCACCUCUCUACGAGUUGCACGAUCAAAAUCGUCUGCCGCACUACAAUAUUAACUUCCAAGUCGAGAAUUGGAUACUGCAACGCGUACCCGGCAACAAGAUUAACGUUGGCGUUGCUACCUACGGACGCGCUUGGAAAAUGUCUAAAGAUUCCGGUACCACUGGCUUGCCUGUGGUGCCUGCAACGGAGGGCGCAGCACCUGCUGGUCCAGUGUCGAAGACACCAGGUCUCCUCAAUUGGCUCGAAGUUUGCCAGCGUCUGCCAAACCCUUCGAAUAUCAAUGCCAAAGGUGCUGAGGCUCCAUUACGUCGCAUCAGCGAUCCCACCAAACGUUAUGGCUCUUAUGCUUUCCACACCGCUGAUGAGGAUGGCGCUAACGGCGUAUGGGUGAGUUAUGAGGAUCCCGAUACGGCCGCUAGCAAGGCGGGUUAUGUGAAGGCAAAGAAUUUGGGUGGCGUGGCGUUGUUCGAUCUCACCUUGGAUGACUUCCGUGGCCAGUGUACCGGCGAUAAGUUCCCCAUGCUGAGAGCUGUUAAAUACCGGCUGCUUUAAGUGAAUUGGGGAGGAAAUAUAAAGAAAAUAUAUAUGUAGAUGCAGUUUUUGAUUUGAGUAAUCAAUAGUAGCCACAGCGUUAUUUAGAUGCAUGGAUUUAAAAAUAUUUAUCGAUCAAUGAUGUUUGUUGGUGUUACCUAAUUUCGAGUUUGUGCUUUCUGGAAGAGUGGAAAAUAAAUUCAUUGUUUUAUUGCUU